UUGACGGAAACUGUGUAUUGUUAUACAAUACAUACCAUUGCUGCAUAGCACAUGUUCAAAUACCUGAGUGAAAGUAAUCUUGAUGUCUAAGUCAAUAAGAAUUUUAAUAAGUUUUGAGUAAACUUAAAUUGAAUCGUAUCUAAAUUUGAUGAGGUAUCUACAAAAGAAGUGACUUCUGAAUCCCUUCGCUUAUAGUAAUAAAUGGUUUCUUCUCCAAUGUAUAAAAAAUUAUCCCAUAUUACAGUGGUGAAUGGUGAUUACACUGUAAAUAAUACCUAAGGUAGUAGAUGACAUGGUCUUUGCUUGGCAAGUCGAAUUGGACACAAGUCAUGCUACCUUGCCCCCAUUAGGUUAGCUGAACAAUUUAUUUCCUAAUUAAGUCCAACUAAUUUUUUUUAUGCUUUUACUCAUUCAUUCUGCUUCAACUAAAAUUUUUUGUUAGACUUGUCAGGUAGCAAUGUAGCAUCACCGUUCCAUUGCAUAUCCUGUAACUAUAAUUUUGCCCGUUGGCCCUAAUGAUGCAUGAGGAGUGUGCCAAUGGUUCCGACCCGGCCCCCUAAAAUAGACUUGUCCUAAGCUCAAGUCUAACCAAACAAACUAACAGAAAACAAAUACAUACAUACGAGAAUCGAGAGUGGCGUUCUUGCUAAUAAUAUUGGAGUUCCGCUACGUAUCUUCCUGGGUGCUCAAACACUCAAAACAAUCAGAAAACAAAGUGAUGUACCAUGGGCAAUAAUCGCGAUACAGUGAUCAUGGCAGGAGCAAAGGUUUUGGAGAACGCGGAAUCUCAUCAUGAGCCGAGGGCAUCAGAGAUAUCCCUUGCUGUCCUGGAUGUCAUCGAAGACGCAGAGAAGAAACAAGUGAAGCAUCUACAAGUGAAGUCAUGGUUUCAGGGCAUUAAAGAUCUAUGCUAUGAGUUAAUUGAUGUUUCAGAAGAAUUCGAAUUAGUGCAACAGGCGAAGAGGUUACGCUUUGUAGGCCUUCCACUCCUUCAACAACGUAAGGUGACAAGAAUCAUUCGCGAGUUUGAGACCUUAAUUAAAGAGGUCGGCAAGUUGAAACUUAGUUCGAGUUCGGAACUACCAGUACCCGAGGCUGAGCUCGAGCCAGUAAAUCUGCAUUCCAAUAUUGUUGGCAAAGAGCUCCUGGUUGGUCGAGAUGCUGAAAUUCAAGGCUUAAUUAGAAGGUUGACUAAGGGAUAUCAUAGAUACAUAUGCAUUGUUGGUGAAGAGGUUGGAAUAGGAAAGACAACUGAAGGUUCUGGUUGA